AUGAAGGGCUUCCUGAUCCCGACACGGCCUAUCAAUUACGGACUCUGUGGAGCCAGAGAAAACAGCCAAAUCCGUUGCCAAAUGCUGCCGAUCAAACAUGUCCUGUUGAUGAAAUCCCAGGGCCAACGAGAGAUGGAGCUUCUGCGGGGGUACAGUGUUGUUUUGCGACCAGUUUUGCCAAAACUUCAUGACAGAUUGGCGGUGAUUAAGGGGAAGAGGGGACAGGAUCCUGCAAUGCUUGCGCAGAAGCCGUCCAAAAACAGAGAUAUCAGCUGCGCAGGACAGAAGGUCGUUGCGCGGAAGAGGCGGAGGUGUUAG